AUGGCAAAUCCAGCCGAUAGGGCGGCGCCGUGGGUGGAUCUUCCGCGGGAUUUAACGGUAAACAUUCUGCAAAGGCUGAGGGUGGUGGAUAUUUUCAAGAGCGCACGGGUGUGUAUUGCCUGGCGGAGGCUAUGCCAAGACCCCUCCAUGUGGCGCUAUGUGGACUUGCGGAAUGUACUAGCUUAUGAGCCGGGUAAAGCACGGGACUGGGAUAAAAUCUGCAGAGAAGUAGUGAAUCGCAGUGAUGGGCAACUUAUUUCCAUCAAACUAGGCCACUAUGCUACUGAUGAUCUGCUCUUCUACAUUGCUCAGAGAGCAAAACAGCUGAGGCAUCUUGGUAUUUGGUACAACUAUGUUUCCGAUGAAGGUUUUAGUAAAGCUGUUAAUGAGUUUCCACUGUUGGAGGAGCUACAAGUUGAAUACUCUAAACAAGGAAUUGAAGCUGCUGGACGGUCUUGCCCUUUCCUCAACUCAUUUUCCUUUAUCAAGGUAAGUCAGUACAAUGGAUCAUCUGAUGAGGAGGCUGUUGCCAUUGCAGAAAACAUGCAUGGGUUGAAACACCUUACACUUGUUGGAAAUGAAAUGUCAGAUAAAGGCGUGGAGGCCAUCCUUGAUGCUUGUCCUAGCCUUCAAUCUCUCUACAUAGCCGACUGUAAUAAUGUUAGGCUUGAAGGGGAGUUGGCGAAGAGAUGCUCUCAACAGAUUAAGGACCUCAACCACAUUCCAAAGCCUCGUACGCGCUUCUUUUUUUAA